GCAGGUGAAUAUGACAUCAGAUUUGGAGGGCAGCGACAUGCUGGCGGAGAAGGCAGACCGUAGAGAGUUCAUCGACUUGUUGACCAAGAUGCUUACGAUCGACGCGGACAAACGGAUCACCCCCAUCGAGACCCUCAAUCACCCCUUCGUAACCAUGACCCACCUCCUCGACUUCCCCCACAGCACACAGUACGUCUAGAGAUCCUCUCACAUUUCUCAUUUAGAUAGUUAACUGUUAGCUGGGAGGAACAGAUUAUCUGGAGAAAGUCAUAACAGAUAAAAAUGUAACAGAGGCACAUGUAUCUCUCUCCCUCCCCCUCCCUCUCUUCACAGUGUCAAGUCCUGCUUCCAGAACAUGGACAUCUGUAAGCAUCGCAUGGGCAUGUACGACACGGUCAACCAGAGCAAGACCCCUUUCAUCACCCACGUGGCCCCCAGCACCUCUACCAACCUCACCAUGACCUUCAACAACCAGCUCAACACUGUGCACAGCCAGGUACCUACCAUACACAGUGUGGAUGGUUUUACUCAACACACUCCUCUCCAUUCAUACCCAGGUCGUACCAGCAUAGUGUACUGUCUGCAGUGCUGUGACCAGCACUAUCCUUAACCAGGUCAUGUAAUAAGCUUUUUCAGUGCUAGAUUCAGAUCAGUGUGUAGCGUGUGUACCACUACCAGUGUGUAAUACAACCACUAGAUGGCUUGGUUAGUGUGUUUAUUCAGGCCAACACGGCACACAGCACAGUACACCCAAUCAGCCCACAUCACUUUUUUUGAAAGUAAUGCAAGUUAACUCUCCCUAGUAGAAUGCUAAAGCAUCAUAUUGAGGCCACGACAGCCUGGUAAGGUAUCUGUCUGUCUGUCUGUGCCUCAGGCCCAGUGGGGGCUGUCACAAACUGCUGAUGAGAUACAUGACAACCUUACACUUCCUGCUUGCCUUGCAGUUUAGGCUACCAGCAGGCUUCCUCCUCUUCCUCUCCUCCUCCUGUUUCUCUCCAUUUUGCCUUUGGUGCUUUAGCACGUCAUGCUACUGUAGGGCUGUGUGGGCUGACUGUGACGCUAAAUUGCUGACUUUUGCUUCUGCCGGAAUCAUGAAAUGAUUGCAUGCUAAAGUUUUUCAGAUUGUGCAGAAUUAUUUCUAUACAUUUGUCCCCCUAUCCUACCAUCCCUACCCUAAUUGGAGUAAACUAACGAACAACAAUAUUUCUACUGCUACUUACAGCUAUUUCGCUAACAUCUACAGUACCUGUAGUUAAAUAAUUGUACAUAAAUGAUAUUCCUCUUUCUUCAAGUGCUGGAGUUUCAGCCACAGCGGCCAAUGUCCACAGAUGAACCCGUCUUUCCCAGUAUAAUACCAUUUUGUUAUUUCCUUUUGCAAUACAUCCCUCCAUUUUACUGUGGUGUUACAAAUAGGGAGGUCCUGAAUUUCCCUAGUUUUAACAUUUCUACUGACAUUUUACAAAUAGGUGUUCUUUAUCACCAAACAUACUAUAUUGACUGUUACAGAACCCACUCUGUGCAGAAUGAGGUAAAACUAGACUUCACUAUAUGAUUUAAAUGGAUUCAUGUCAUUUUUUCUACUUCGUCCUCCGAGUGCCGUGGUUCAGGGUGAUAUAGGCAGUGCUAAGUUAGUGAUUUAUUUAGCUGGGGAACAUUGAAACAUCUUAGAGUUUAUUUUUUGCAGGCUCUCUCGUUGUUGUGCAUGAUGAAUGCCACACUGGCAUAUUGAUUAUCUCCCCCGGUGCUCAUCGAGCUUGCUAAGAAGUGCAAAAUGAAAAAUGAACAUGCCGUCUCUGAAUUUUCAACUCCACAGGCUUAAUGAAAAGACAGUAAUUAGUCUGGGUGAUGUCGAACAAAUGGUAUUUGAGUUAAGACCUGAGCGCACUGCGUGUCUUUAAAAGCAUUUGUUCAUAUCAAGGCCAUCUUUAAGCCUUACUUAGGGCUCAUUGAUGGUCUCCCCAUGUCCAGGGUGGAAUUCUUGAGGCACCAAACGGAAGAAAAUGGACUGAAACCGGGAGGGACUACAUAAACUUAUCCAACAAGAACAUUCGUUUGCAACGGUGUACCCUAAUAGAUACGGCCCAGGUUUUACAACAUACAUUUCAAGUGCCUGACACCUUAGAAAUAUGGCUGCUCAAGGAUAGCAAUGUGGAGUCAAGAUAGUGAAGCCGAGAGACAAAAUGUCAGUUUGCCCCGUAACUACUCUGCUCAUUAUUAGACUUUGUUAAGCAACAUUUCAAUUUUAAGAGCAUUGCAUAAGCUUGAUUCUUUCACUUAGGAAUCCAGUUGGCUCUCUCCAUGUUGACCCUCCUCAUAGAUAAUUGCUUGUCUUGAGUACUGGGUCCAGGAUGAUUUGGAUGCGUUGAGACAUAUUGUUGUGUAGCUAGAGAGAAGACAAAGACACUCGUCUCCAUAUCACCCUUUCAUCUAACCUUACCAGGGCCCAUGUUCACAAAGUGUCUGGGAGUGCUGAUCUGGGAUCAGUUUUGUCUUUUAUAUCAUAAUGAAUAAGAUUAUAUGGGCAGGGAGGACCUGGUCGUAGAUCAGCACUCUCUCAGUGCUACAUUAAAGCCUCUGGGUGUGUGUGUGUGUGUGGAUUUAGCUGUGUACAAAUAACUUAUAGACAGAAUCUAUUCUGACAUGCAUACAUGUAGUGGCUCUAACAGUGUAUGCAGUAUGGACAAACUGAGCCCCUGUGGCUCAAUGUACUGUUUAUGUAAUUAUAGCUCCUUGAAUUAAUAGCUUGUUGAUUGAAGUUAAUUUUAACAUUGAUUGUUGACUAUUGGGCGAAGUUCUAGCAUUGAUCAGCACUUUUCUCUCUCUUUCCAUCACAUUCUGCCUUUCUCUCAGUGCUCUCACUCUGUUCACUGAAAUGCAGUAUCUACAGUACAUUAAAGCUGUUGGACAUAAUCUGAGAAAUAUGACACUAAUAUUUAUAAUAUUCUGAGGGAAAUUACAAUGGCCUAAUUUUGUCCUCAGUUUGAAUUUAUUCUGAAUGUUCCAUAUAGUCAUCUAACACAUUAUCAAAAAAUGACUGACAACGUUAUUUUCUGAUGAAUGAUUAAAUCUCGUCCCCCAACAACCCUCAUGACCUUUUGACCAUACCACCACCACCCGACAUCUCCUUAUGGCUUUGCGUUUUGAUCCCAUCAUUCCUUUAGGCCACCAACCUGGCUCCCUCCACCACCAGUACCACCCUUUCCCUUGGCAACUCCGAUGUCUCCAUACUAAACUACCGAGCUGCACUCUACCAGCCCUCCACAGCCUCCAUGGCUGCCGUGGCACAGAGGAGCAUGCCCCUGCAUCCUGUGGCCCCUCAGCUCUGUGCUGCCCGGCCUGACCCCUUCCAGCAGGCCCUCAUCGUCUGCCCACCUGGCUUCCAAGGUAAGAGGCUUUAGAUUAACACAGUGAAUGCUGUGUAACAAGGCCACAGAUCUAGAAUCAGAUUACUCUAUCCCCGAACUUAACCAUUAGGGAGGGGGGAGGGGGGGGGGGGGUGAACAAAUAUCUGAUUCUGUAUCAGUGGUAAGGCGUCCGUAAAGAGUGAUUAUUUCAUGCCAUCUUGGAACAGGUUUACUUUGAAAAAUAUCAGAAAGAUUACAGAUUGCAACGGGAUCACCUGUAUACAUAAAUGCUAAAUGAGUUAAUUAAAAAGAGCACCUAUAGGCCUUUCUAUAGUCAGGUCUAAGGCUCAGUCAGUUUCAGUAGAGUAGAUCAGCACUGUCUGGCACCAGCGAGUUCAGUUUUCUCCUGAUGAGAGAAGGGCUUAUGAAUUUGUGAGCUGGAACUGCACUACAAUGACUCUGCAAGCCUUUUGUUCUGUAGCUUCCACUGACCCCCCAAGGCAACGACAGUCUUCAUGUUCAAAACGAGAUGCUACGAUAUGUUUAUGAGCUAAUUAGUCAUAUGAAAGGAUUUUAAUAUCUGUGAUUUGAUGCAUUUUGCAGCACCACUUUUGUCUAAUCUCUGUUUAUGCGGUUAAGACUGAAAUAAACAUUAUUUUUGUGUGAUUUAUGUGGAACAGCAUAUAAUAAUUUCCAUUAUUAGACAGUUUGCUCCACUCAACCAAGGGUUUAUUGGGAUGUAAUUUAUAUUGCCAUGACUACCUUUUUGUUUUCAAGUUGAAUCAGUAAUUGAGAGCAGUAUCAUUAUAAACUGUUAUAGUUUUUUUCCUAUAGCAAUUUUGACAUCAUUGUUUCUCCCAAGGUGCAGGCCUUUUUGUGUGGCACAUAGUGUUGUUGUUGUUGUUGUUGUAGUUGUUGUAGUUGUUGUUGACCUCCUCUGUGUUGUGUGUGUUCUCAGGUCUACAGGCAUCUCCGUCCAAACACACGGGCUACUCUGUACGGAUGGACAACGCCGUUCCCAUAGUGACGCAGGCCCCCGGUGCCCAGCCCCUGCAGAUCCAGCCAGGCCUGUUGACACAGGUAGGAAGUAGUGACUCAGUCCUUCGUCAUGGAGAUCAGGGGGCCCACAUAUAUCCCUCCUGAACUCAUAAUGAUAGCUCAUCUUUGUUUCGCUGGAUCAUAAUACACAGAACCUAUUCUAUUUACUGGGAGACAUUCAUACCUAAACACACAUAUGGCUAUGACUAACAGGGUAUUUUGUAUGAUUUGGUCAUGGAAGCUACUUUGGAAAAGGUUGUACCUAUGUAUCCUUUUCUAUAUCAUUGUAACAGGCUAGCCUUUGAUCAAGGCAGGGAGUCAAUCAGGGUGUUCUUGUGAUCAUUCUGCCCCUGCAGGCACUUGUUUUGACUGAGUGAGUUAAACCAUGGUUCCAGUGUCCUCCCUCCCUCCUUUGAAAUAACAUAGCCAUGCAUUAUUCCUACAGUAUAGUAGAGCAUUAAAGUAGAGUAGUAGAGUAGUAGACCACCUCUUCCUCUGGUUUCUAGACAUUUCCAUAAGACCUUUAAUAUCCCUGUAAAGUCCCAGGAGUCAGAAGGCUUCCCUUAUCUAUCGUUAAUCAUGUGGUAGGCAGCUAGCAAGGCUCUCUGAACUGUGAGGAAGACUAAUCUGUCAGAUACCGAAUGGUGAUUAGCUUCAGGGCUGCUUUCUCAGUCAGGCGCUCUGAAAUGACAGGACUCAGAGGAGAAGGACAGGUUUGGAAAGGCUUGGAGGGGUUUGAGGGGUUUGCUCGCCUCCAAAAGGCUACAAGGUCACCCUAUGCCCUAUAGCAUUUACUGUAUAGCAUAAAUGCAGUACUUCAGAAAAACUGUCUCAACAGAAGCUUUCACAAAAUAGUUCACAGUAUAUUAAGAAUGCCACAGUGCAAAGCCCCAAGUAAAGGUAUGAUGGUGGAACAAGCCAAUAUAAUGAAAAUGUUACAGUUCAUGAACCAAAGAGUAUAUUGUGCAAGUAUCAUCCUAUUACUGUGUCAUGCUCUACUGACAUACUGUAUCUUGGCAGAUUUGAUUAAUUAAAGAAAAUCCUCUGUCACACUGCACACAUAUUAAACACAGGGAUGGUGUAGUUGAUCAUGUGGUUUAUUCAGAGCAGCAGCACACCCAAUAAAUUGAUGUAGUGGAUUUGAAUCCCUCAUUCCCUCUGGGAGGUCUCUAAUGCGUGUUGGGGGCUUUAGCCUCCAGGCCUCUCUGCAGCCGCAGCCCACCCUCGACGCAGGCUGGGCUCACUUUCCCUGGGUGUCUGUAGAGCAGAGCUGGGGCUGGAUGGUGUUGGUUGUGGAGGAGGGCCCCAGUUAGCCAGUCCCGGCAGCCAGGCAGCCAGGCAAGACCUUUAUCUGGAGCAGGAAUGCAGAAAUUUGGAAACAAUUGGGGAGUGAGAGCCGGGGCUUUCAGAGCCCUGAGGUGACAAAGGGUUUUCACCCGGGGAGAAGAGGUUGGCAGUGGGAGGCGGGGAGCUAGCUAGUGCCUCUGCUGCUGGGGCAAUGGGUCCUGAGAAGAAAAGAAAAACCGGGCUACCAUUUCAGAGCAGACAGGCCUAUUACACAACACAGACGUCCGGCGAGAGAGGAAUGCAGAGUGCCAGGAAUGGAUGGAGCAGGAUGUUUGGAGAGAUAGAUGGAGGAGAGGAAGAGAUAGAAGUAUUGGUGGCUCUUAAUGGUUUUGGCGUGUUGAUAAAAAGACCUGAGAUGUGAAUAUAACCAUGGGAGAUGUAAAAGGAAGUGGCUUAGGUUGUCUUCUUUUGGACAGUUUUCAUGCCUUGCUAUUGGCGGUGCCUGUGUCCUUUAUCCAUCCACUGCCCAGUCUUGUUUUGUUGACCUGUAGAUGCCUCUCUUCACCCAUUGACUGUUUUUAUUUGAAGUUAAUUAUCUCUCCCAACGUACCUCAGACAAAACAAUUCCACUCCCACAAGCUAGCGGUCAUACACUGUUAUAAACCCUACAAGCGUUUUAUAUCAGUAGAGUAUAACAGGUACAUUGUGCCGACAAAACCAGAAGAAAACAUCUUGAUAUGUAGGCUUUGUACUCUGUAUGAGCCCAGCGCAGAUGUAGGCCUAAGCAUUGAGUUCUGUGCUAUGUGCUGCAACACAUACUGACACUGCCGAAGUAAAUAGAAUAUGCAAACGCUAUUAAAGGAAAAAUUAAUUAUACCCCACAUUAAAGUGCUAAUCAAUAGAGCUGCAUUAAGCUAUUAGGGCUGCAAGCAGACACACACACACACACACAUACACACACACACACACACACACACACACACACACACAGACACACACACAGACACACAGACACACAGACACAUCUUUGACUCUGGGAAUAUUAUGCCUGCCAACUCCCUGCAUUCUGCACCAGCAAUACAAAGCAGCUCCUUUCACAGCAGCCCUGAAUGGGCCUCGAUGUGAAUUUAAUUAAAACCGGAGCUGAUUUGGAUAAUGCCAAACACAUCAGCGCAGGGACCAGGAGGGGAGAGGCAACAUAUCUUUACUACACAUCCAAAGUAUUCCCAGCAAACUGGGAACAUUCCUAGAACAUUAACUAAGAUUCCCAUUAAAGGUUCUAGUUAGGGUUUUAUCUAACAUUAGGAUGAUAACAUCCCAAAAACAUUCCAAGAACAUUCCACAAUGAUCCCACAACAUAAAGAAACAUUCUGGGAACCUUUAAAGAAGAGACUAAAUGUGUUCUGGGAACAUUCUGGUAACAUCAGUUGUAGCUCAGUUGGUAGAGCAUGGCGCUUGCAACGCCAGGGUUGUGGGUUCGAUUCCCACGAGGGGCCAGUAUGAAAAAAAAAAUGUAUGCACUCACUAACUGUAAGUCGCUCUGGAUAAGAGCGUCUGCUAAAAUGACUAAAAAAUAAAUAUAAAUUAAAAAAAUUUGCACCCUAAAAGAAUCAUUGUAGAAUCAUCUGCACAACUGGACAGUUUUUGUGUUUUGGGAUCAUAUAUUUUGAGAUGUCCCCACAAUGUUCCCACCAGACUGUUCCCACAACCUAAUGAAACAUUCUGGGAACAUUUAAAGAACAGAUUAAAUGUGUUCUAGGAACGUUCUUGCAUCAUCAGGUGAAUGUUUUAUACAAACGUUCUAUAAUAAUCAGCACGACUGGACAGGUUUUGUGUUAUGAGAACAUUUGCCACGACCUAACAAAUGUUCUGGGAACAUUCACAAAACCAAUUUUGGUUUGCUGGGUUAUCUGUGCUCUGUUGAUUUGUGCUGCUGGCAAGGCCAGAUAGUUCAGCUGGCUUUGUCUAACUAGCCUACAGUAACACUGGCCAGUUGUUCUGCUUGUAACUGCAAUCCAUUGGCUGUUUUGUGUUUUUACAAGGAUUCCUUAACUUUUGUUACACUUUCAAUUAUUUCCCCUUGUUCCCCCAUGCCUUCAUCUCUGGAAUUAAAACAAUGAGAGAUACAAAAACAACACCUAUUUUUUUGAGGUAGUCUUCUUUGUCGACAUUAAAGUGUACCUCGCAUGAUUGACGUGCAAGGUUGUUAGAUGACAGAUGAUCCCAUAGAGAUACAAUAGAAAUACUAUAUAAUAUAAAUAGUGUUGUAUUUAAUUCUGACUGACCACUUCUCCUCCAUCUCCUCUUUUUCUCUCCCCCCAGCAGGCCUGGCCCAAUGGCACCCAGCAGAUCCUCCUCCCACCAGCCUGGCAGCAGCUCACCCACACCUCAGUCCAGCACGCCACCGUCAUCCCUGACUCCAUGACGGCCUCCCAGCCCCUGGCUAACUGGAGGUAAGGAACAUGAUCUCCUCCUUAUGUAACCAGAGUCUUAUAAGCACUACCAUAACAAAUCAAAUCCUAAAGGACCAGAGAAGACAUUAAAGAUUAGACUUGGUCAAACGUACCAACUUUGUACAGUAUAAGCCUGGAAUAUCUAGCUAUAUGUGUAGCCAAAUGACAGUUUCAUUGUAGCCUGCAAACCAAUUUGAUAUGCUCCGUUUCACCAUGAUUAACAGAGUGUAUCACUUAACAUUCCAGGCUAGUUUCAUUGGCCAACUGUGCAUAAAGUCCUGGUUAACAGGGGAAGUUUGGAUGUAUACAAAGUGCAGAAAGGAUCAGCACAGCAGUGUCCUGAUUGACAGAAGAGCAUGGCCUUGUGACAGGCACUCAGAGGGCUGCCAUGAAUCAGUGUCUACAAGUGAACAGCGGGGCUUUUAUAAGAUAUUUUAGGGGGAUGAGAUGUAUGCACAUGUAAGGACAUCAUCCCAGGCACGGCGUGUCACAAUGUUGACAUGUUAGAUGGAUGGGGCCUGUAGGAAGAUAAGCUGGAUGCAGGUGUGUGUGUCUGCAUGCGAGCAUCCAGGUUAAUCUCUCUCUCGCUCUCGCUCUCUCUCUCUCUCGCUCUCUCUCUCUCUCUCUCUCUCUCUCUCUCUCUCUCUCUCUCUCUCUCUCUCUCUCUCUCUCUCUCUCUCUCUCUCUCUCUCUCUCUCUCUCUCUCUCUCUCUCUCUCUCUCCCUACAAAGAUGAUUGGGAAAGUGUCGCACUUCCUCUGCAGAACUAUCCCUCUACAGCUGCUGGUGUCAGCUGCCCUCCCUCGCUCCCGCACUCUGUAUUCCCCUCGCUCUCUUUUCUCCCCUCUGUCUCACGUGGUGAUUGCUGCCACCCACGGCCUCCUCUGAGAAAUACACAUGCUUUGUCUAAACUCUAGUCCCUUAUGUAAAGCAGUAUGUACUCAUGUGCAGUUAUAGAUAUGUAGUUAGACAUGAAAAUGGGGCAAGGUCACAAUGACGGUUUCUCUAGAUAUAAUAAUAAUAUUUAAACUUAAAUAUACACAUAAAAUACAGGUUCAGAGUAGUGAUGGGACAUUCUGUUGUGUUCCAGGAAUUCUCACCCACACGGCGGCCAUUACAAUCCCAUCAUGCAACAGCCGGCGCUGCUGGCUGGCCACGUCACCCUCCCAUCCAACCACAACCAGCCUCUCAAUGUGGGCGUGGCCCAUGUGAUGAGGCAACCGUCAACCAAUAACAACAACUCCUCUUCCAAAAAGAACAAGCAGCAUAAGAUGACUGCCAGGUAAGCAUAACUAGGACCUCCUACAUAACUAGGACCUCCUACACAACUAGGACCUCCUACACAACUAGGACCUCCUACACAACUAGGACCUCCUACACAACUAGGACCUCCUACACAACUACGACCUCCUAUACAACUAGGAUCUCUUUAGAUCUGAACACAAAACAAUCAGUGACUGACCAUCACCUACAGUCCCCCUGUCUUUCCUGAUUCACUGUGAAGAUUAUUUGGCACUGGCGGCUUUCAACCUUCAACCAAUCAGAACACAAUAGCCAGCUCGAAGUCGAAAGUGAAACAUAAAAAAUGCAAAUAAUCUGUCAGCUGUUACCUGGGCAGUGUCUGUCUUCGGUAUUAUUACUCUGUAUGUAGUAGUAGGUGCCACCUAGUAUUAGGUUGUAGUAGUAGGUGCCACCUCAUCCCCCUCUCCUCUCUCUCCCGUCAGGAAUGUGUCUGCGUACGAGGUGUCCUCCUCCCAGGCGGUACUAUCACCACAGCGCUCCAAGCGGGUGAAGGAGAACACCCCUCCACGUUGUGCUGUGCUUCAGAACAAUGGCCCUUCCUCCGGCUCCAGCUGCGGACCCCCCCUGGGCUGUGGAGGGUGGGGACGGGGCGAGGCAGAGCAGGCCUCCAGCACCACCCGGGACCACCACCAGCACCACAACGGGCAGCGUCAGACCAUCAUCAUCCCUGAUACGCCCAGCCCUGCCGUCAGCAUCAUCACUAUCAGCAGUGACACGGACGAGGAGGAUGAUCACAAUCAGAGCAACACCAACCAUACCAGGUACAGGUCAGCCAUUUGGGGUCAGACAUGACACACAUGCAGGGUUCUGGGAGCCAGGGUUAAGUACAUACAUUUACAUUUACGUCAUUUAGCAGACGCUCUUAUCCAGAGUGACUUACAAACUUACAAACUACAAACAAACUUACGUGACAGGAGGCCAUGUUUAGUGCCUGUUUAGUUUCAUUACUGAAAGAGCAGGGUUUCAUUUCUUUUCAGUUCCAGCCAAUUCAGUAAUACGAUUGGACAUGAUUGGCAUAAGGGCAUUUUUUUGUGGAUUGAUCUGAAUUCACUAUAUAUUAUGGAAUCGACACCAACAUUGGUCAGAAGGUUAGUAGGCUGAUCAAUGCUAUAUGUACCAUUACUAAAAAGUGAUCCUCCUCCUUGCAGCUCAUCCAAGCAGAGGAAGAACAUCAUCAGCUGUGUCACAGUACACGACUCCCCCGACUCGGACUCAUCCAGUAACAACAGUCCCUAUGCAGUAGAGUCCAGGCUGCCCAACAACAACGGCUACCAUGACUCCAAGACCACCCUACUGGACAACUACAGCAACGGAAACAACCUUCGCUCCAUCAUCAUUCCCCCUCUGAAGAGCCAGUCCAGCGAGGUGCUGAGCGAGUGUGAGCGCCUGAUACCAGGUACCUACACAGGUAUCUACACAGGUACUUACAGAGAUCCACACACCCACUUAGACAGGGAGGGAUGGUUGAUACUCUUUCAUCUAGAGUAUAGGAAAUACUAUUAUCAUUAUUUGAAACACAUUGUUACAAAUGUACCCAUUAUUAUCAUUGUUGGUUCUCCAAAUGAACCUUCGCUAAGCCCUGCCCCAUUGGUUACUGUUGCUACCUCGGUUCCCAAUUAUUUAUUUUUUGCAUAUUUAUACUGUAAUGUGUUAUUAUUUUCUUGACCUGGAUUGACCUUGUUCCCUUUACUCUGCAGAUGCAAUGAAUCAUCAGAAUUCGGCGUACAAGUUCAAAACCUCCAACGGCGUGGGCAUGGUGUCUGGCAACAACCACCUGUCGGGGGGUGUGGCUUACCGACAGCAGCGCUCGGGGCCACACCCCUUCCAGCAGCAGCAGCCUCUCAAUCUCAGCCAGGUAUGGAGAGAGAGCCAAGUAAGGACCCAUCUAAAUGAUUUAUAUAAUUAUCAAUCAAUCAAUCACAUUUAUUUAUAAAACCCUUUUUACAUCAGCAGAUGUCACAAAGUACUAUACAGAAACCCUGCCUAAAACCCCAUACAGUAAGCAAUGCAGAUGUAGAAGCACGGUGGCUAGGAAAAACUCCCUAGAAAGGCAGGAACCUAGGAAGAAACCUAGAGAGGAACCAGGCUCUGAGGGGUGGCCAGUCCACUUCUGGUUGUGCCAGGUGGAGAUAAUAAGAGUAAAUGGCCAUUAAGGCCAGAUUGUUCUUCAAGACGUUCAAAGGUACAUAGAUGACCAGCAGGGUCAAAAAAUAAUCUCAGUGGUUGUUGAGGGUGCAACAGGUCAGGACCUCAGGAGUAAAUGUCAGUUGGCUUUUCAUAGCCGAGCAUUCAGAGGUCGAGACAUUAGGUGCGUUAGAGAGAGAUAGAGUCGAAAACAGCAGGGUAGCACGUCCGGUGAACAGGUCAGGGUUCCAUAGCCGCAGGCAGAAGAGUUGAAACUGGAGCAGCAGCACAGCCAGGUGGACUGGGGACAGCAAGGAGGCAUCAGGCCAGGUAGUCCUGAGGCAUGGUCCUAGGGCUCAGGUCCUCCGGGAGGGGAGGGAGAGAGAGAGAUAAUUAGAGGGAGCAUACUUAAAUUCACACAUGACACCAGAUAAGACAGGAGAAUUACACCAGAUAUAACAGACUGACCCUAGCCCCCCGGCACAUAGACUAUUGCAGCAUAGAUUAACUGUGUGGAAAGUGAGACUGGCAUUUGGAUUUCACUGACUCCAUCCUCGUAUCUCUCUUCUCUCCUCUCCAGGCCCAGCAGCACAUGGUAACUGAGCGGAACGGAGGCCACCGGCGCCAGCAGGCUUACAUCACCCCAACCAUCGGCGCCCAGGCGCCCUACUCCUUCCACCACCACAACAGCCCUUCUCACACUGCCAACGUGCACACCCACCUGUCUGCCACCCACCUGUCUGCCACCCACCUGGCUGCCACCCACCUGGCUGCCACCCACCUGCCCGGCCAGCCCCACCUCUACACCUACACCACCACGCCCGCAGCCCUGGGCUCCACGGGCACUGUGGCCCACCUGGUGGCAACCCCGGGCUCUGCCCGCCACACGGUCCAGCACACCACCUACCACACACCGGGCAUCGUUCACCAGGUGCCCGUCAGCAUGGGGCACCAUGUGCUGCCCUCGCCCACCCUCCACCACAGCCAGUACCAGGCUCAGUUUGCUCACCAGACAUACAUCAGCGCCUCGCCUGCCUCCACAGUCUACACUGGAUACCCGCUGAGCCCUACCAAGGUGAACCAGUACCCUUACCUCUAGAGAAAAGCCAACACACUGGAGACCCAGACCCCCCCAGAUCCAGACCCCAGCAAUGAUGCUGCUGCUGCUCAAUCCAUGUCCUCCCUCCCUAUCCCCACUCCACAGACAGAGAGAUAG